AUCGGUGAUCACCAGAUACCAACAACAGCCGAAUCGAAAAUAACAAGAUAGAUCGAACGAGAAAGCAAUGUUUUGGAUAACAACCAGAGAAAAUCGCAUCAUGGGAAUUUGUCCAAAAUCCACAUCAUUCACUCACUCACACCCAAACCCAACAACCAAAAAAGAAAAAAAGAAAAAAAAAACCAAAGGCAACAGUACUCAUUUCAUUUGGUGUUGUUGUUGUAAUAACAUCCGAAUGUGUUGGGAUUUGGAUGUUUUGAGAGUUUGUGGAAUCAAACAUGAAAUGGGAUUUGUUCCUUUUUUACUAUAUUCAUUCAUUAUUUCCUUUAUUUAUAAGUUAGAUUCUAUCUGUUUUUUUUUUUGGUUGGGUUAUCACUUUACUAGUUCGUCAAAAAAGAUGGAUCAAAUAAUUCAAACAACUCUCAUUCCCAAUACAUACGCUAAUAAUAAUGACUAUAAUAAUAUGUCCUCAUUGUGACUGUAGUUAAAAACUGACACUUUUUUUUCUUUAAUUAAUUGCGCGACUUAGUUUUUUUAUGUACAUGAUUUUUCAAUUUUUUUUAAAAGCAGUGAGUGAGAGAGUGAAUUGGAUUUUUAUUAUAGAGAGAGAGAGAGAGACAUGCCCUAUGCGGUUUCGUUGAGAUUUCUUUAUUAUUCUUCUUAUCAUUAUUUUUAUUAUUAGUCCUAACCUUAGGGUUCCUUUACUUUAUACUUUACUUUUUUUCUUCAUUCGAUUUUUGUGUUAGGUCUCUGAUCUCUCUCUCUCUUUCUCUCUGAUUUCAAUUCUUUGAAAGUUCUGAUUCAAUGUUUUUUUGUUUUUUUUGGAUGCAAUGAUUAAAUUGUGAGAAACAAGGUGGUGGGUUGGGCAUUUUUUUUUUUGAAUUUUUGUUGUGGUUUGGGCAAUUGGGUAUGCACAUACAUGAUGUUCCAUGCGGCACAAGGGCAAGGGCUUUCAAAAAAUCAGUGUAGUUUGCUAGCAGUUGUGUGUGGAAAAGUCUCUGUUUCUGAUAAGAAGCAAAAGCUCAAACAGGUGGUUUCAGUUUCAGAUAAUAAACCCAGAUACCCUUUUCCGGACCUUGCUUAUUCUGGUCGUCUCCAGGUUCAAGUUCUGAGCAAUCCUAGCACUGAUGAGUUCAGGAGAGUUGUUGAAUCAACGGAGCCCAAUUUUGUUUAUCUGCAAGGUGAGCAGCAACCAGGUGCAUUUAGUGAAGAAAUUGGGUCUCUUGUAUGGGGAGACGUUGAUUUGUCCACCCCAGAAGCCUUGUGCAGGCUAUUUGGUUCCACAUUGCCCACCAUUGUUUAUUUAGAAAUACCCAAUGGUCAAAAAUUAGCAGAGGCACUUCAUUCUAAGGGAGUUCCUUACAUCAUAUACUGGAAAAAUGCAUUUUCAUGUUAUGCAGCAUGCCAUUUUCGUCACUCACUUUUGUCGGUGGUGCAAAGUUCAUGCAGUCAUACAUGGGAUGCAUUCCAGCUUGCUCUUGCAUCUUUUAGGCUGUAUUGUGUACGAAACAGCAAUGUCUUACCUUCCAAUAGCCAGAAGACUAAUGGUAAGCCAGGACCUUGCUUGCUUGGGGACCCUCCCAUGAUUGAUGUUGCUCCAGCUGAGGUAGAUGGGCAGGAGGAAGAAAGCUCUUCUGGGACUCUUUCUGCUAUCAAGAUAUAUGAUGAUGAUGUGACCAUGCGGUUUCUUGUUUGUGGAGUUCCAUGCACACUGGAUGCAUGCUUAUUAGGAUCUUUGGAGGAUGGACUUAAUGCUCUCUUAAGCAUAGAAAUACGCGGGAGUAAACUUCAUAAUCGGGCAAGUGCUCCACCUCCUCCUUUACAAGCAGGGACAUUUUCUCGUGGUGUUGUGACUAUGCGGUGUGAUUUAUCAACCUGCAGUUCUGCCCACAUAUCACUUUUAGUUUCUGGCAGUGCACAAACUUGUUUUAAUGAUCAGAUUUUGGAGAAUCAUAUAAAGAAUGAGCUCAUUGAGAAAAGUCAGUUAGUCCAUGCACUGCCCAGCUCUGAGGAAACUAAACUUCCUUUGUCUGAGCCACGAAAGUCCACCUCAAUAGCCUGUGGAGCAAGUGUUUUUGAAGUCUGCAUGAAGGUUCCCACGUGGGCUUCACAGGUUUUGAGGCAGCUGGCACCAGAUGUUUCCUACCGCAGCUUAGUUAUGUUGGGCAUUGCCAGUGUUGAAGGCUUGUCAGUGGCUUCAUUUGAAAAUGAUGAUGCUGAACGCCUUCUUUUCUUUUGUACGAAGCAGGGAAAAGUAAUCCAUCCAAACAAUUCUGUUCUUGCUGUGUCUCCCAGCUGGUUGAUGCCUCCUCCACCUAGUCGAAAGAGAUCGGAACCAUGCCAAGAAACAAAACCUGUCACCUUUAGUAGCCUGAAAAGGAAAAAUGGAGAUAAACGUAAUGGUAGACAAAAAAUGAAUAUUGCUGCAAUGAGGCCAAUCCCGCAGAGUCAUCGUCAGAAGAUGGUUCCUUUUUCUGGAAUUUCUGAGCCUGAGAGAUUAGAUGGAGACCAAGGGAAAAAAAACUUUCCAGUUGCCCCUGCAAAGCAUAGUAUUCCUGGCCCUACUGCUGUCACACACCGGAAAUCAAGCUCUUUUCAGGCCCAGCAGAUAAUUUCUCUAAAUCCACUUCCCUUGAAAAAACAUGGCUGUGGCAGAUCUCCAAUUCAAGUAUGCUUGGAGGAGGAAUUUUUGAGGGAUGUAAUGCAGUUUCUGACCCUUCGUGGACAUACUCGUCUCAUUCCUCAAGGUGGGUUAGCUGAGUUCCCUGAUGCCGUUCUCAAUGCUAAGCGCCUUGACCUUUUCAACUUGUAUAGAGAAGUGGUUUCACGAGGAGGCUUUCAUGUCGGGAAUGGCAUCAAUUGGAAAGGACAAGUUUUCUCAAAGAUGCGUAAUCACACAUUGACCAAUAGAAUGACUGGUGUGGGGAAUACACUAAAAAGGCAUUACGAAACUUAUCUUCUAGAAUAUGAACUGGCUCAUGAUGAUGUAGAUGGAGAAUGCUGCUUGUUGUGUCACAGUAGCGCAGCUGGUGAUUGGGUGAACUGCGGAAUAUGUGGCGAGUGGGCUCACUUUGGCUGUGAUAGGCGGCAGGGGCUUGGUGCUUUUAAGGACUAUGCUAAAACGGAUGGGCUGGAGUACAUUUGUCCGCAUUGCAGCAUCACAAAUUUCAAGAAAAAAUCUCAGAAAAUAACUAACGGAUAUUAAUAGAUGUCGGGAAGACAUCUCAGGAAACUGCUAGUGAAUAUUGAUGAGCUUUAGCCCACAACCUGCAUGCCCUCCCCAUGCUCUUUUUGCUCUAGAAAAUACCCCCAACCCUCUCCCAAAUAUAAUCUGAGGGAAGGUGGGUGUAGGAAUGUAAUUAUCAUUUUAUAUUCCCAUUGUUUUUAAUUAUAGAUAGAUUAUGCUCAACACAAGCCCCUUAAAUUUUCCCAUUGUUUCUCUGUACCCUGCAGAAGGAGGAGUCUCAAAAUAGAAUUGUAGAUGUCAGUUUAUGCAAAAUUCAAUAACAUAGUUCUGUAGCUGUAUGAUAUUGAAACAGUCAAAUAAUUUCCCUUGUGUUAAGGUGUAUUCCCCAUUAUCACAAAUCAUCUUUCCCCAUUGGACUAGGUACGUUGUCUAUAUAAUACAACCCGCUGUUUAGUCUUA